CGCCGCCCAGUGCCUACUUGAUACUCUGCGUUGACAGUGCCUCCUCGAUCACGUGUCUGUGGACUAAAUAGUUUUGUGUUAUUCUUCCUCUUUUAGUUUACUGCCCGCUCGGAAGCCCCAUCAUGAUCCGGUGGCUUCUGCUCCUCGCCCUCGCCGUCGCCGUGUCCAGCACCCCCAUCAUCAACGCCGAGGGCGCCGUCAGCGCGGGCCGUCAGAGCACAGUGACGGGGGACCAGGCCGCCCCUGCCCAGGCAGUCGCCGCGGCACCCGCCCCCGUGGCGCCGGCCCCCGCCCCUGCCGCGCCUGACGAGGAUGACGAUGACGACGACGAUGAUGACGAUGAUGACGACGAUGUUGACCUGGGUUUAGACGAUGAUGAUGACGAUGAUGACGAGGACGACGAUGAUGCCGCGGCUGAUGACGACGACGAUGAUGACGACGAUGAGGACUACUUCGAAAGGUUCUUUGACGACAUCCUUGGAGACGAAGACGAUGAUGACGAUGACGACGAAGAUGACGAGAAACCAUCAGCUUCGCCAGCGGCGACUCCGGCAGUCCAGACACCGGCGGAGCCCGCAGCCGUGGCUCAGGCAGCCGAGGAGGUCGCCGACUACUCGGACUCCGCCCCCUCGGAGUCCUCAGACUCAGAGGCGUACGAAGACGAAGAAUCUGCCGAGGAGUCAGGUCAAGCCACGGUGACUCUGACCACGCAAGACGUUCCUGAAAGAGACAGUGCCGCUGCGGCCUCCGCCCCCGUGGCUCAACCUCAGACAGAGGCCGACGAGGACAACGAUGAGGACGACGAUGACGACGACGUGCUAGAGGACGAUGACGAUGACGAAGACGACGAUGACGACGACCUCGACAUCGAGGCGAAACACGCACGCUCCAUGAGCUCUCCAGCAAGGUCUGCACUGUACAUCGCUAAGUACAACAGAUUCGUGGACAACAUUCUGGACCGCAUCAACAAGAUUUUACGUCGAAGCUACGACCCGGUCAACGUCAAGCUACAGAAUGCUUCUGACGUGAAGAAGACGAAGAACAACACCAAGACCAAGAGCAAAGGCAAGGGGAAGAAGAGACCCAGUGCUACCAACAAACAGGCUGAUAUGGACCUCACUGCCAAGACGGAGAAAGAGGAAGAGGCAAACACAACCGAAGAACUGAUGACAACCGAGAGGGACUUGUCUAACGAUAUUCACCAGCAAACCACCAACGUCGAUAAUGACUCAGAGACAAGCACUAACAGCAGCAGGGGAGAAGCACAGAGCAGAGCGACAUCCAAGAAAACAUCCAACAAGAAUAAGAACCAAACCAAGCAGAGCACCAAGCCCAAGAGCCGACCCCGAGCCAAGGCUACACUCUACGGCCUGUCUACCAUCAAGCGAGACGGCAACGUCACUGUCAACAUGAUGAGUUCUCACACAACCAUCAAGACUAGGUUCCUGGUGGGACCUCUCAUGCUCAAGGUGGAAAAACAGUUUGGCCGAGGAGCCAAGAAGGAGCUGCGCAGUGCGACGGCAACAACGGCAGAGAUGAGCGGCAAAAUGACACUAAAGGUUGUGCAGGGAGGAGCAGCAACCCUGUCCAGCAUCAGGGUGCUACAGCCUAAACAGGUCCGUGUGGACAGCAUGGACGACCAUGAUCGUACAAGAGAGUUUGUCUGGAAGAGGAGCAGCAGCAUCGCACACCUGGUGUCUCAGAAGCUGCUGACAGCCACAAGGUCAAUGCUGAGACCACCUCCCAAGCAGUAGUGCCAACUUGGAUGGCUCCAAAACAAAAUUUACCUGCUUCAACAAAGCAGUUCAUGUUGCAAAGACUACUAGGAGUAAACUUAAGAAUCUCAAUGCUAGUAACUAACUAAUUAGGGUAUACUAAAAUUUGUACAAACUGUUUGUGUUUCAAUUCCAAAUAAAUGAUGUUUGUUAGCACUAAAUUUAAAUUUUUAGAAAGAGGAAAUUUGGGAUUGACAAACAAAAAUGUCAUUGUGUUCUGUUUGGAGGA